UUCCCGCCAAGAAGCUGUCAAUUGUCAAAAAAUCGAGGCAAGUUGCUUGGAAGUAGGGGUUAUUUAUUUUCUUUAUUUUAUUGUAUUAGUAAAAAUCAGUGAUAAAAAUUUUGACGAUGGCGAAACCUGAAGAGAAUGAAGAAUAUUGGAUUGAAAAGAUGAAUGUGUUGUGCUCAGAUUUGAAUGUAGACCCUGCUGCUGCGAAAAAGUCUAAGGAAUCAUUUUUAGAAAUUAAACGAAAUUAUACUUUGGAUGGUGAUUCUUUACAUUGGAUGGCUUGUGCUAUGUACGUAGCGUGUCGAACAUCGAUGACUCCAACAGUCCAGUCGGGAUCAGCUGUAGAGAGCAAUUGUGUGAGCCUCACAAGGCUACUAAGACUAUGCAACAUAAGUUUGAUCCAGUUUUUCACAAAAAUCAAGAAUUGGAUGGAAAUGGCAUCAAUGCCAAAUGAUUUCAAAGAAAGGAUUUCACGGUUGGAACACAAAUUUGCAGUUUCAACUGUCUUGUUUAGGAACUUCCAACCUAUGUUUCAAGAAAUAUUCUCUGGUUUGACCAAUGAGACAAUCAAAUCAAUGAAUAUCAAAAGUAAAAAACACAAAUGGCAACCAUGUUCAGCAAACGCACUGUUUGAGUUCACAUGGUGCCUGUACAUAUGUGUGAAGGGAGAGUUCCAGAACUCCACAGACCUCGUGGAUAUGUAUCACAUGCUGCUUUCAUGCCUGGACUUUGUGUUCUCCAAUGCAUUCAUGGCCAGGCGGAUUGACUUGAUCAACCCAAGUUUUAAAGGAUUACCAAGUGACUGGCUUCAAGACGAGUUUGAAGUGCCUAAGAAGCCCCCUUGCAUCAUGUCAACGCUGACUGAAAUCAAGUCUGCGUUACCAGUUGAAGCGGCCGCAAUGAAGGAAUAUAAAUGGAAACCGGUCAUCAAAGCUUUUUUUAAAAAAGGGAUCCUCAAGGGUAAUAGUGACCAGCUCCUUGGACUCUUAGAUGUAGCAUACUUUGAUACCAAUCUGAAAUCUUUGAACAAUCUGUAUGAAACUUAUGUUCUGAGUGUUGGUGAAUUCGAUGAGAGAAUAUUUUUGGGUGAACAUGCAAAUGAGCAGAUUGGUACCAAGAGCAAUCCUGCAGUAUCCGGUGAUGAGAUAUCGCAAGUUAUUUCUACAUUUGGACCUAGCGGGCGCGCGUGCCCCGACACGCCGCUGACGGGCCGGGGGUACCUGGGCGCGGCGCGUGAGGCGCUGACGCCGGUGUCGGAGGCGCACAACAGCCUGGCGCGCCUGGCCGCCUACACGCGACACGCCAGGCCCCAGCCCUCGGCGCACCUGCUGCGACUGUUCGCUGAAUGUGGAGUCAACGAAGAAACCAUCAACAACAAUAUAAUUCAGCCAUGCAAUGGUUGGAUGGAACAGUUCGCGAAUAGCCUGAGGGAGUCCAACUGCAGUGAGCAGACCAUUCAGUUCCGCUGUAACAUGGUCACGUGCUUGUACUACAAAGUUUUCGAACAUAUCAUUAGGGAGGAACACAGGAAAAAGCCACAAGUGUCAUUACAAAUGCUACUAACGCAAGAGACGUACCAACUCACAGUGUACGCGUGUUGUACAGAAGUGGUUUUACACGCGUACGGCGUGCACUCGCUUCGCUUUCCUCGCGUGCUCCAAAUAUACGGCCUUAGCGCCUUCCACUUCUAUAAGAUCAUUGAGCUCGUAGUCCAAGCCGUCGUAGAAAAACUCAGCAGAGACGUCAUCAAGCAUCUGAACACAGUGGAAGAGGAAGUUCUAGAGUCACUGGUCUGGACCUCAGACAGCCCCCUGUGGGACCAACUGGCUAAAUACCCUGUGCCUGCAUCGACAGACGUCUACGUUCAAGAAUCGCCCUUAAGUCGCCGGAAUAAUAAUUCUAUCCUGUCACUCGAAUCUGCAGCUAUAGAUAGGUUUUUGUCUCCGAUGGCUGAUCAGACGAAGAGACAGCUGUUCAAAGACAAUAUCAAACCUGGGCAAUCACUUUUAGCUGUAAAAUCAGAACCAAAUUCAUCAGAACCGUCCACAAGUGCUUCCAAUGGCGAUCCUUCGCUUACUCCUAAGAAAUCGAACAAUUCACUAAAUCUGUUCUUCAGAAAGUUCUACAGCCUGGCAGUGGUGCGUAUGAAUGAUUUGUGCGCGAGACUACGGCUGGCCGGCGACGAGCUCAAGCGAAAAAUCUGGACGUGCCUCGAGCACGCGCUCAUGAAGCAGUCGCAACUCAUGCGCGACCGCCAUCUUGACCAGAUCCUCAUGUGCACCGUCUACGUCGUUUGCAAGGUAUCAAAUAACGCAAACAAUCCUGUGGAAAGAACAUUUGCAGAAAUCAUGAGAUGUUACAGACAGAGACCUUUAGCUGAUAAUCAUGUUUAUAGAUCUGUGUUAAUCACCCCUGCGACUGAAGACAGCCCUGCAGAAAGAAGUGAUUUAAUCAAGUUUUACAAUAAAGUUUAUGUGCAAUGUAUGCAAGACUUCGCUCUUCGAUUUGCUGGAAGACAAAAAGAGGAGUGCUGCCUUUCCCCGCUGCCGGCCGGGCGCGGCGACGCGGCGUACUCGCCGGCCGGCCAGCGCGUGUCCGAGCGGCACCAGGUGUACGUCAAGCCGCUCACGUCGCCGCUGCCCGCCCACCACCACCUCACCUACCGCUUCAGCCGCAGCCCCGCCAAGGACCUGCACGCCAUCAACACGAUGGUAUCUUGCGAGGUGGGCGGGCUGAAGCGCGGCGGCGGCGCGGGCGGCGCGGCGCUCAAGCGGCCCCGCCUCGGCGCCGCCGGCGUCGCGCGCAAGCUACACGGACUCAUGACCGACCGCCAGGCUGUCUAGCGGCACAUCAAAUCAUUUACCACAUGCGAGAAGCGAAGAAGUUCAAUGAAGUUUUACAGAAGUCUUUUUAGUUUUUACCAAAAAAAAUCGUUCUCCGCUCUCUAGCCAUAUCGUUUUAUUGUUCAAUAACGUUGACGAAUUAUAAAAAAAUCAAUUUUAUCUAAACCGACAAAGAAAAAGUAAUAGAACUAUUAAAACUUGUCACAAUGGGAGAAACUCCUUGGACUGGUUCCAAGUAAAUCAUGAAUUGGUGCUACAUUUAACAUGAAUAAUUUUAUCAGUAGACAAUAUCCACGCUGAUGUCACUGCAUUCAUAGAGCACAUCCAUUUUGAUCUCAUUUAUUUGUUGAGUGUGAAUAGUAUUGAUAAUGCAUAAUUCGGUGGAUACUGAUAUUUGAUAUUUGCGUGAAAUAUCUGCCUUACGAACUUUGAAAGCCUUCUUGUAGUUUGGAGACGAGAGGUGAUGCAAUGUUAAAUAUUAGUAAGCCCCUGUAUGUACUAAGUUGCUCAUUGGUUUUAUAAUUAAGAUUUAAAUUUAUUAAAUACUUUAGUUUCAUGAUUUUAUAUUGAAGCCAUAGUUAUGUUAUCAAUUAGCUGUAUAACUGACUAAGAUAAAAAUAUUAUAUUCCAAAUUUAUUAUUGUAUGUACAUUAUUGAGUACCAAUACUUACAGUAUAAGACAGACUUGACUGAGAUUUGCCAUAAAAUAUUUUUUAACUCAAAUAAAACACAAUAUUGCAUGUUUGACCAUAUUUAAGUUCCUUACAGUGUAUAUGACUCUUUAUCUUUAUCCUCCUUCGUUUGUGUUAUCUUAUUAUUUUAUUUACUAUUAGUUUGUAAGUAAUCGGAGAAAAGGAUAAAAUCAAUUUGUUUUAACUUCCAAUCAAAAUUAUAUGACUGUAUAUUUCGUACAUAACUAAUGUAUCAUGUAUUUUAAUCUUAGAAUAAACAAAAAUUCCAA